AUGCCCUCCGACAAAAGCAUCAAAGAUGUCCAAACGCCGGUGCAACCCCCCGCACAUCCGGUACCGCAGCUACAGAAACCGUUCGAAGAGUCCAUGAUCGAGUCGAUCAACAAUCAACUUUAUGAAGACGUACCCGCAGACGCAAUGACGAGAAGGACCAUGCUCCUGGAGGCCCCAACAUAUCAACGGGUGAUCGCUGGCAGAUGGACGCAGAAGCCGGGUGAAAAAUACCAUCCGUUGUGGAAACUGGUCGCCCAAAUGUCGUUCGGGAUGCAUUUGCUGGCCCACAAUAUGGCAAUAUCGGAGGAGGAGGUGAUGAGAAUAUUACAAUCCCAUGUGGACGACAUUGACGGCUUUUUGGAGCGAACUACGGAGGAUUUUGAUCUUGCCCAGAGUGACAUCCACGAAAGAAUACGAUGUCUCAAACUACCGUUGGCACACGGAGAAGUAUUCGAUCGCAUGCUGGAGGACCGUGCCUUUCGAGCAUCCAUUCUAGACGGCAAUGAGAAAAUUGAUCACGUUAUUGGACGGACUAAGAGGGCUACCAAAGAUGCUUUAAAAGACGUGCAAAAGGGCUUUGAUGCCACUAAUGUGCUGGAAAAAUAUUUGACCAAACUCAGUUCCACCUGGAGGCGGGAGUCGCCCGAGCAUGAGGCGGUUCUUGUGGCUAUGCUUGGAAAUGUGGAAGGUUGGCGCACCGCCUUUCUGGAACUGCAUCUCCAAGGCAAUAAGCUAGCCGGGUCUCUUACGAAGCUCGGUGAGAUUGUCUCUGAGAUGGAGCAGAGGGCAGCCGUUGUUAGCAGGAAUCUGAUUGUAAGUGCCGAUGCCUUUUCCGUGUUGUCCUUUCCCUAA